UACAAGUUUUUCAAGCCACGUGACCGAGACCGUUAUCUCGGGGAAAACUGCCACCAUAGCGUCCAAGAUCGAGCCAACCACCAUGUCGAAGCUCUACGUGGGUAAUCUACCGUCGGACUGUAACGAGGGUGCUCUCAGACAACUAUUCCAGGAUCAUAAUUUGUCGUGCACCACGAUCCUGGUCAAACGAGGCGGCUACGCGUUCGUCGACUGUACCGAUCAAUCUGUAGCCGAUCGUGCGAUCGACAAACUUAACGGAUAUACCUACCUCGGAUCAGCACUUGUCGUAGAGCCAUCGGUGGCCAGUGGACCAAAGAAACGGUAA